AUGGAUAAAUCUUGGAUUUUGUCCGAUAGAUUAUCAAUCGCAUACGAGGAAGGUGUGAAUGCCUUUUUAGAGUUUGCACAAUUCAAUAACCCAAAUUCCGACGCCAUUCCGUGUCCUUGUGUAAAUUGUAUCAAUUUGUGUCACACUUCCAUCUCCAACGUGCGGUAUCACCUGUUUAAACACGGUUUCGAUGAGAAUUAUAGUUUUUGGUCCUUCCACGGAGAAAAUUCAUCUAAGGAUGAAACUCCAUGCCCUAAUGAGUCUAUACCUCCCGAGUUCGAUUACACAAAGCAGAUGCUACAUGAGGCCUUCACAUAUGCAGAGAAUGAACCUAGCUUAUUGAAGUCACUUCUCGAAGAAUGCGACAAGCCACUGUAUGAAGGGUCUGAGUAUAAUGCACUAAAUGGUUUGCUGAAAUUCCAAGUUUUGAAGGGUCAAUUUGGCUGGUCUGAUACAAGCUUUGAUGUUUUAUUGGGUGAGCUAAAUGAUGUUUUGCCUUCAAAUAAUACAAUGCCUAAGUCGAUAUAUGAGGCCAAGAAGUUGCUAAAAGGAAUAAGCAUAGAAUACAUUAAGUAUCAUGCCUGUGAGAAUGAUUGUGUCUUGUUCUGGGAUGAGCACAAGGAUGCUUCUCAAUGUCCAACUUGUGGCACUUCUCGGUGGAAGGAGAAUAUCAAGACAGUGCCGAGAAAAGUUGUUUGGUAUUUCCCGCCCAUUCCUAGAUUUAGAAGAAUGUUCUCGUCACCAGAAACCGCACAUGACCUAACUUGGCACGCGCAAGGUCAGGUCAGUGAUGGCAAGCUAAGACAUCCUUGUGAUUCCCCAUCUUGGAAGCUUGUUGACGACAAGUGGAAAGAAUUUGGAAAGGAAGACAGGAAUCUGAGAUUAACCUUGUCUGCGGAUGGUAUAAACCCUCAUAAGUCAUUAAGUGCAAAGUAUAGUUGUUGGUCGGUUACCCUAGCAACGUACAAUCUGCCUUCUUAUUUGUGUAUGUCAAGAAAGUUCAUGAUGUUGACUCUACUGAUAUCAGGUCCAAGGCAACCUGGUAACAGUAUUGAUGUCUACUUGGCACCACUAAUAGCAGAUCAGAAACAGUUGUGGGAACCUGGUGUUAAGACGUAUGAUGCUUAUAAGAAACAGUUCUUCAAUCUAAAAGCAGUCUUACUUUGGACUAUAAAUGACUUUCCCGCGUAUGGUGACCUGUCGGGGUGUGUUAGCAAAGGUUAUAACGCGUGUCCAGUAUGCUCAGAGGAUACUUACUCACAGUGGUUGCCAAAAUCCAAAAAAGUAUGUUUCCUCGGGCAUAGAAGAUUCCUCCCACUUACACAUCCUUUUCGCAAAAGAAAAAAAGAUUUCAAUAAUGAACAAGAGAGCGGUGUGAUGAAAAAACCGAGAUCGGGUGAAGAAGUUUACGACUAUCUGGAAGGGUUUACGACUAAAUGGGGGAAGAAGAAAAAGGCAAAGAAGGAAGUGAUCUGGAGGGCGUUGAAGAAUAAAAAAUCAAAGAAGAAAAUGCCACGUCAGCAGAGAAGGCCAAAAAUUGCUUGUUCGUCAUCAGUUAGAUGUUAUGCAUAUAGAAAAGAAUGUAUGUGA